AUGGCGAUCGGUCAGUUUUCAGAGCUUCAGGGAGCGAUGGAGGAAUUUCAGGAAAAGCUCCGGGUCGCUUUGGAAAACCACAAGUUGACUUUGUUGAAGACAAUAGAUGCAUACAAAGCAGAUGUCGACAGCCUUGAAAUUCAGCAACAGAAGUCGCGAGCAAAGCUAACACAGCUUAUAGAAGAUGAAAAGACGCUGAAAAAUGAAAUUGAGAGUUCAGAACGGGAAAAGGACGAAAACGCUGCCAAAAUGGAGGUGUAUAGGCUUCGGAAACAGCAGCUUGAAAACGAAAGGGCCGCUUUGACCGCCGAUGCCAACAAGCUACAACACUUGCUAACCGAGAAGCAUGAUGAAAUUCGUAACAAGCGAAAGCACAUUCAGGAGCAGCAACAGCGGGAUAUUGCCGAGGUGAAUGCCUACAGCCAUGUAUUAGGUCUCGAUAUCGAAGCACCAGCACCGCAGGUCUUGCAAUUCGUGUUUCACAGGGUUUCGGAAUCCGAUCCCACCGCGUCGUGUGAAAUCAGUCUAGAUCUAUCCCAAACGCAGUACAAACUGACUGAAUCCCGACCAUCGUUGUCACGAAAGACAUUAGAUGAACUAGAGCUCAAUCUCAAUGACACUGGAGACCUUAGCCACUUCCUCAAGGUGAGCAGAGCCGCUUUGAUUCGUGAACUGGACACUGUAUCGUAG